ACUGCCGGAAGUCAUCGCUGCAUUGCUUUGAGACGAAGUGUGGUCGGUCUGUUGAUUAUUUACAUCUUCUGCCUUUGUUUUUCAGCUCUUUACAUAUUAUCGAGGCCUCAGGGAUUCUCAUUCUCAGUGAGAAUGACAGACAGAUACAACAUCCACAGUCAACUGGAGCAUCUCCAGUCUAAGUACAUCGGCACAGGACACGCGGACACCAGCAAGUGGGAAUGGCUGGUGAACCAGCACCGAGACUCUUACUGCUCCUACAUGGGACAUUUUGACCUGCUCAACUACUUUUCUGUUGCUGAGAAUGAGAGCAAAGCGCGUGUCCGCUUUAACCUGAUGGAAAAGAUGCUCCAACCAUGUGGACCACCAGCAGACAAACCUGAUGAUGCUUAGAUUACACUGAAGGGCACAUGAUGUUUUUAUACUGGAGUUUGUUUUGUAGGAUUGGUUUUAUUUCUCAUGGACAUUCAACUUGAUUUUCUGCCAAACAUUUUCAAUUUUAUGUUCUUCUAAAAUUUCUGACCAUAAGUUAGGACUUCUGCUCCAUCCCUGCCAACUCUUCCAACUCUGACUGGAGGGUCUUCGUAUACAACAGAAUAUUUUUUGUUGUAUCUGGACCACUGAAAAAUAUUUCUUUCCCUGUACAGAUCUGCAGCUCUCAGGGAAGUUAGCUAUGAAGGUGAAAGAAAUGAGAGUAAGGAAGAGCUUCAAGACUUAAGGACCCAAGAGAAGAUAAUAGAAACGUGUACAAAGUAGUGUACUAUCAUUGUCAAGUAUUCGUAUUAACUGAUGGAGAUGUAUUCUUGAUUGAAACAUCUGUUUUGAUUUAAUUAAAAUGAUUUUUCUCUAUGUUGA